AUGCUGCUGCGUCGAGCGUCUGGUAGCUACGACAGCCAAGAUGACAUCCGCUACAAGAGCCGAAAGCGGUGGGAGCGUGGUCAAGGCUUUCUCAGUCAGGCAUACCGGCUCCUCAUGAAUGAAACCUCGAGAAUGGACAGGCUGGAGCUUGAAAGCGGUGAGAUGCAGAGGCCGUCGAUUACGGUGGUACAAGCUGCUGCCAUUGUUACUUUUGCCCAGAUGGGAAUCGGACUUAGUGGUCGGACGUAUUCCUUGCUGUCAACCACAGUGCAACUGGCCCAUGACUGCGGCCUGGAUCAAGUCGACUACAACGACGAAACAAUGUUCACGUCGAGAGACAGCGAUUCAGAUCCUUGCAAAUCCAUAUGGGCCAAGAAAGAGGAGCUGCGGCGCACCUGGUGGGUCAUUGCGUAUCUGGAGAACUUCAUCUGUGUGACGAAAGACAGGCCACGCAUGAUUGAUUGGGGAAAAUGCAGAACGAUGCUUCCAUGUGACGACAAGGACUGGUUCCAAGGGCGUCACAGCCCGUCGGAUUUCCUACCAGCGGGCCUGGACGAUUUGCGAGCAUCUCUGACAGUACAACCUCAACUCUCUGUCUUGGCAUACCGGAUCAGAACAAUGCAUCUUGGCGCAAAGAUGCUCGAGGAGGCUAUGAAUCAUGACGAUGCUCUUGAAUCAAACGACAUUCUCACGAAAAUCCAAGAGUGUGCUACUUUUUACAAACAGAACAUGCCUAUGGAAUCGAAGACGAGAGAUGCCGGGCACUUUAAGAUCUCGACCGAUCACUUUCAUCUACGUUUAUUGCUCGAAUCUGUCUUUGCCACCUCUAACAAGAUUCGAUGUUUCAAACAUGCAACACCCUCUGACAUCUUUAACAUCUGUCGCGAUUUGUCCCGCCAGCGACGACAGGGCAACGACAAUGGCACAUCGCCCGAGGCCAAAGCAUUUUCUCGGGCGCUGUUCGCAUCCGAGACCGUUUGCUCCAUCCUUCGAGAUUCAUCGGCCGACGAUGUGCCACGCUCCUGUCCUUACCUUGCCUCUGUUCUAUGGGUUCCCACAUGCCUCCAAUUGCUCGUCAAGUUAUUCACUCGAGCCGAUCCAGAACUGGCAGAGAGGGCGUCGCUUUCCUUGCAGAUCUUGACCAUGACCUUGGAGCGAUUUGCAGAGUUCUCGGGCCUUGGCCAAUUCGUCUUGAACUCUUUCCGGCGAUACGAAAAGAAGUUGACUGAUCUGCAGUGGGCAGACAGCAAACCGGGUGACGACGACCAUUGGAUCGUGUCACGCAUCUUGUUCUUUCCGGACCACAUCAAUGCCCUGUCUCUGAAGGAGGUGACAUCAAUCGACCAUUCAGAAGGGCUGGUAGAUCCCGCUCUCGCUCUGUAUCAGGAACCUAGCGCACAAUUCAGCAUUGGGGGAGAUGUUAUUGUUCAAGAUGGUACUGAUAGCUUUGACUAUAUCACCAAAGACUCGAAUUGGAUCUGGUCAGAAGGCUUUAAUGCAUUUUAA